AGUAACCACUCAGUACGGUUUUGCUAUUCACCGGGAGCACACAUUCAUCAUUCCGGAUCAAUUAUCGAAAAUAAAAACUCAUUUCUGUGUUAUUUGUGAACAUAAAUUUAGAUUUGAUUGUGAAUUUCUCAUAGCACUGCCAGGUUGGAAGAUAAUGAUAACAUGAUAUUGCUCGAUGUGUUCUUUAGAAAUGAAAACAACAACUAUCAUGUGAUGUAUAAUAAUAUGAAUUUCAGUCUAUCAUCGCUUUCUAUCCAUGCGUGUGGAUUUGUAUUUUACAUCUGAUAGCGAGCGUCCAGGCGUAGUCUAGGCCGUACGCCGUUCGCGUCCAAUGGCUUAUUUCGAGCUACUUCCUAAUGAGAUUCUGGAGAACAUUUUCCAGUAUAUGAAUUUCAAAAACCGUAGAAAGCUGUCCCCUGUUUGUACUCGCUGGAAUAAUGUCCUUUUUUCGGAUCAAUAUCUGCGCAAAAAUGUCGUCUUCCACAUUGACGGGUGCCGAAUGCUGGACGCAAAGAUGAUCCUCACCAGGACGUAUCCUGCUUUGUCGCUGAAAGUAGACAACCAAUUCUCGAACGAAAUGCUGAAAAAUCUUCGGCUCAUCAAUAGUUUCAGCCCAAAACCAACGUUUUUACGUUUAGAAAAUCGAAACGCUGAUCAUCACUUGGGCUGGAUUUUGGAUGGUGUUUUCUUCAGCUUGGAAGAUGUCACUCAACUGCAUCUUUUGGGAACGUGCAAGACGGAACGAGGAGUGUGUUUUGUGCUUCUGAAUAACUUGAAAGUACUGAAAAUAGAAGCUGUUCACGUUGAGUUCUUUAGAGUUGGUGCUCCUAAUUUAACCGAGCUUCAGGUACUGGUGCGCUCCGAAGAUCACAUGGAUUUACUGCACCAAUUCGCUGACCAACUAACUAAGCUGACGGCAGUUUUCGACUCGAAGGAUGGAUACUAUUUCUACAAUUUGAAGUUUCCCCAACUAACAGAUCUCACUGUUGAACGAAGCUUGAAAGGGAUGAUCAAAAGCGAACAAGAUAUUAGUAUAGCGUUCUUCAGGCGGCUCAAACAGCUCACAAAGUUACGUUUAUCGUUUAAGUUUAUCGAUAGUUAUGUCAUGCAGGAAAUCUAUGAGAGCGUCCCGAAUUUAGUUGAACUGCAGCUGGAAGUAUGUGAGGGCACCAUAGAGCUAUCGAAUAUUAGUAAAUUAAUCCAUUUAAAAAAGUUGACCAUCGCUGCGGAGAAAGUUAACUUAUUGAACACGAAACCUCCCAACCUGAAGCACUUGACGUUGGGUUCCGCAAUAACGGGGGCUGGCACCUUUGUGUAUGCUUUCGAAAAUAUAAUGCUGCUGGAUAAUCUGCGAUCGCUGACACUACAUAAUGUGAAAUUUUAUCCCGAGGUGCUCAAGUUAACUCCGACCUACAAUGUGGUAACCAUGUCCAUCACGCACUACAAACGACUACUGGAAAACCAUCUUCAGAUAAUCGUGAAAAGAUUUCCUGCUUUACAACAUCUUAAAAUAGCGGACUGUCCAGGAUUCACACAGCGGGAGAUAGACAAAAUAAAGCGAAUGAAUCCCAGGAUGUUUAUUUCAUUUGAUGAAGUUCGAUUUCAGUUAUAAAUUGAAGUUUUGUUUUAAUGUUUAUAAAUUUUUAUUGCAACCUAAACAAACAUAUGUGUAACAUAAAAAGCCUGCAUCAGAUCCAUCGAACAUUGAGUACCUUCUGAGUUGUAACUAUACUAAAAUAAUACUUAAGUUUUUUUGUUUAACACAGCUUUAAUCACUCGCUCGCUGAAAAGCAACUAAUGCCAAGAAAACUUGUUCGAGAGAAGUUUGCCCUAGGGCGUAGUCCUCGAUGUUGUACUGGCUCUUCGCCUGCUCCAUCAGGCCAAACAUCGAAGACCAUGUUAAGGAUGUUUUGGUAAUGUGAUACGAUAAGUAAUCUUGGUACUGUUCUCUGUAAAUAUAAAAAGGUAAGAUUAAAAUCCUGUGAGUUCAUGUUAUAA